AUGGGCUACCAGGGGCAGCUGCCUGUCAUCCCGCUGCAGAGAGAUGGAGAUGACAAAGAAAGCCUCAUUUCUGAAAGUGAUCAUAAAGGGAAAACUUGUCGUCAGUCAGCUGCUGUUUUUAAUGUUGUCAACUCCAUCAUAGGAUCUGGCAUAAUUGGAUUGCCUUAUUCAAUGAAGCAAGCUGGCUUUCCUCUAGGAAUACUGCUUUUAUUUUGGGUUUCAUUUGUUACAGAUACUUCCCUUAUUUUAUUGAUAAAAGGAGGGGCCCUCUCUGGAACAAACACUUACCAGUCUUUGGUCAAUAAAACUUUUGGAUUCCCAGGGUAUCUCCUCCUCUCUGUUCUACAAUUUUUGUAUCCUUUUAUAGCUAUGAUAAGUUACAACAUAGUAACUGGAGAUACUUUUAGCAAAGUUUUUCAAAGAAUCCCAGGAGUUGAUCCUGGAAACUUGUUUAUUGGCCGUCACUUUAUUAUUGUGCUUUCCACAAUUGCCUUUCACCUCCCUUUAUCAUUGUACCGCGACAUAGCAAAGCUUGGAAAGAUAUCACUUAUUUCUACAGUUUUAACAACUCUGAUUCUUGGAAUUGUAAUAGCUCGGGUAGUUUCACUGGGUCCACACAUACCCAAAACGGAAGAUGCUUGGGUAUUUGCAAAGCCCAAUGCCAUUCAGGCUGUUGGUGUUAUGUCAUUUGCAUUUAUUUGCCACCACAAUUGCUUCUUAGUUUAUGGCUCUUUGGAAGAACCCACAGUAGCUAAGUGGUCUCGGAUCAUCCAUGUGUCUGUCUUGGUUUCCGUAUUGAUCAGUAUGCUAUUUGCUACCUGUGGUUACUUGACAUUUACUGGCUUCACACAAGGAGACUUAUUUGAAAAUUAUUGCAGAAAUGAUGACCUGAUAACAUUUGGAAGGUUUUGUUAUGGAGUGACUGUCAUUUUGACAUACCCAAUAGAAUGCUUUGUGACUAGAGAGGUAAUUGCCAAUGUAUUUUUUGGUGGGAACCUUUCUACAGCUUUCCACAUUAUUAUAACUGUGGUUAUCAUUACUGUGGCCACACUUGUGUCUUUGCUCAUUGACUGCCUUGGGAUUGUUUUAGAACUCAAUGGUGUGCUCUGUGCAGCUCCUCUAAUUUUUAUCAUUCCAUCAGCAUGCUAUCUAAAACUGUCUGAAGAGCCAAGGACACACUCUGAUAAGAUUAUGUCCUGUGUCAUGCUUCUUGUUGGUGCUGUGGUGAUGGUUGUUGGGUUCCUCAUGGCCGUUGCACAUCCUCAAGACUGCACCCAUGGACAGGAAAUGUUCUACUGCUUUCCUGGCAAUUUCUCCUUCACGAACAUGUCCACUUCUCAUUUCCAACUGACAACACAACUUUCCAUUUUAAACAUCAGUAUCUUUCAGUAA